UCCUCACUUUAGCACUUGAGAAGAAAGGCUUACACAGCUGAAGUCUACUUAUUAUUUCUUUUAAUUAAACAAAAUAUUUACAUCAUGUGUACAGGAAAGUGCUCCAAGGGUAUUGGCAUCUGUCUCUAUCCACUGGCAGUGUUGUCCAUCUUCUGCAACAUUUUGAUGUUCUUCCCUGAUUUUCAAACCAGUUAUUCCAAGAUGGAAGCAGAGGGUCUCUACCGUCUUACAGAUGAGAUCAAAUACAUGGGAGGUGUUGUUGGAGGAGGCAUCUUGGUGUUGAUCCCUGCAAUCCACAUCCACAGCACUGGGAGACAAGGCUGUUGUGCAAAUCGCUGUGGGAUGUUCCUGUCCAUUAUCUUCGCUGCAGUUGGUGUGGCUGGUGCUCUGUACAGUGGCACUAUAGCUGGGGUUGGACUGAUUCGUGGACCAGUUUGCAGAUUUGAAAAUGCCACAUGGAGCAGACCAUUCCUAAAUAGCUCUGAAAGCUACUUGGGGAACUCUGACAUGUGGGACAUUUGCGAAGAGCCAAAAGAUAUUGUGGUGUUUAAUAUUGGGCUGUUUUCUGCGCUGCUGGUGGCUGCUUGUUUAGAGCUGCUGCUCUGUGGAUUCCAGGUGCUCAACGGUCUCUUUGGCUGCAUCUGUGGAACAUGCAAUCACAAAGAGGUUGCAUAAGUUCAAAAUGACAACAGCCAGAUAACGUAGGAGCAAGAUUUAUCACCAGACACGUAUCAGUCUUCAUCUGUGACCUUUAGCAAAUGUAGGAGUGUAUAGUAAUAAACAAAAAAGGAUCUACAAAAUGUACUUCACUGUCUAACAUUAUAUGUUGCAUAUAAAAACAUUAUUUACAGAUUGAAUAAAAGAUUGAGAAC